AUGGACGACCCCCAGAGCCAACCCAAGAAGACCAAGGGGGACCUCACCCACUCAGGACUCUGGAGAAUCUGUUGUAUUGAGGGCCUGUACAAAGGAAACUGCUUCCGAAUUAAUCACUUUCCUGAAGACAAUGACUACGACCACGACAGCUCCGAGUACCUCCUACGCAUUGUCCGCGCCUCUAGCGUCUUCCCCAUCCUCAGCACUAUCCUACUGUUACUGGGCGGCCUGUGUGUUGGCGCCGGGCGGAUUUAUAAUCGGAGGAAUAACAUCAUACUCAGCGCCGGGAUACUCUUCGUGGCAGCCGGGCUCAGCAACAUCAUUGGCAUCAUCGUGUACAUCUCCAGCAAUGCAGGGGAUCCCAGCGACAAGAAAGACGAGGAUAAAAAAAACCAAUACAACUACGGCUGGUCAUUUUAUUUCGGGGCCUUGUCCUUCAUCGUGGCCGAGACUAUAGGAGUAUUGGCCGUAAAUAUUUACAUCGAAAGGAACAAGGAGAUCAGGUUUAAGUCGAAGAGAGAGUUUCUUAAGACCUCAACCUCUCCAUAUGCCAGGAUGCCAAGCUACAGGUACCGUAGAAGAAGGUCGAGGUCCAGCUCUCGCUCCACAGAAGCUUCUCCAUCUCGGGAGGUGUCCCCCGUUGGAAUUAAAUAUGCCACAACCAUUCCAAUGGGUGAGAUUUCUAUGUACACACUUUCUAGGGAACCUUUGAAAAUCACCACAGCGGCCAGUUUUAACCCAGACCCAGAUGGCAAUUUCAUGCAAGUCCACAACUGUUUCCAGAAAGAACUGAAGGAAGGUCUUAACAUCAAUGUAGUUAAUCGAAGGACCACCCCGGUUUGA